AUGAUUACAAUCACUGUGAAGUUCGAAGAAAUACUUAUACAGAGAUUUCAUACGUUUUGGUUGCUCAUAGAUUUCUUUUGGAAAUUAUCCGACUUACACAAGGAGCAUAAAGUGCUUUGUCAAACUGCUCACGAAAUUGCCGAAAACAUAAUAGCAGAAGAGUACAAAUCAUAUGAAUCCGAAGACAGAAAUGAUGACACUAUUGAAAGUAAGCGAUUUCUACCAAAUUUGACUAAAUUAAAUCGAAGCAAGCAGAUCACCCGUGAAGAAAUUUUAGAAGAAACAAGUUUUAUGCUUAUGGCGGCAAGCGAGACGGCAGCAAUCACAAUCAACACGGUUUUAACUAUUUUAGGAAUCUACACAGACAUCCAAGAAAGAGUUUAUCAGGAACUUGUCUCAGUUCUGCCAAACAUUGAAAGCAGUCCAACUCAGGAAGAGUUGAAUCGUCUGGACUAUUUAGAACGCGUUGUUAAAGAAACUUUAAGACUAGUUCCCACAAUUCCUUUCAUUCUGCGGUAUGCUGACGAAGACAUUAAAUGCGAUCCUUACGUUUUCCCUGCCGGUUCUAAUCUUUUCGUACCUCUAGUGCUACUACACAGAGAUCCGGAGAUAUGGCCCGAGCCGGAAAAAUUUGAUCCAGAUCGGUUUCUUCCUGAUGAAGUUGCAAAAAAACAUCGUUGUUCGUACAUUCCUUUCAGUUUUGGUGCCAGAAACUGUAUAGGUCUGUCUAAGGUUUGGAAUGAUGGUGGUAAAAGUAAUGGUUGCGACGAUUCUGAGAAACUACAAAGUACUAACUGUUGGUAUGAAAUCAUGGAAGGACAUCCAGUGGGAUUAUAUGGUUAUGCUGAAGGCUAA